AUGAGGGUCCUUCUCCAUCUCCCAGCCCUACUGGCAUCUCUGACCUUGCUCCAGGCUGCAGAGUCUGACGCAACUGCACAGAUCACCAUAGCUGCUGCCAUCUCUGAUGCUGUGAGUCAGGUCACAGUCCAAGUCAACAAAGCCUUCCUGGAUUCCCGAACCAGGCUGAAGAUUUCCAUGAGCUCUGAGACUCCCACCACCGGACAGCUGUUAAAAUAUUUCAAGCAUGCCAAAGGCCAGACUCGCAUGGCCAUCCGCAAAGGUCAGGUGUGGGAGGAGACCUUAAACAGACUGAGGCAGCACUUGACCUUGACCAAUGUCACAGGCCCCAGCGUACACUUGGCUUUCCUCUGUCACGAAGUGAGAUGUCUCUCUGCCUCUGCGGUGAAAUGUAACAAGAACAGCCCUUAUCGCACCAUUACGGGAGACUGUAAUAACAGGAGGAACCCGGCGCUGGGAGCAGCCAACAGGGCGCUGGUGCGCUGGCUGCCGGCCGAGUACGAGGACGGGGUCUCCCUCCCCUUUGGGUGGACGCCGCGAAAGACGCGAAACGGCUUCCCUCUCCCGCUGGCCCGAGAGGUAUCCAACAAGAUUGUUGGCUAUCUGAACGAGGAGGGUGUUCUGGACCAAAAAACGUCCCUGCUCUUCAUGCAGUGGGGUCAAAUUGUGGACCACGACCUGGACUUUGCCCCUGAAACCGAGCCGGGGAGUAGCGAGUACUCCAAAGUCCAGUGUGAAAAACACUGUAUCCAGGGGGACAACUGUUUCCCUAUCAUGUUCCCGCCCGAAGACCCCAAGCUGAAGACUCAAGGGAAGUGCCUGCCAUUCUUCCGAACCGGGUUCGUCUGCCCCUCUCCACCCUACAACUCACUGACCCGAGAGCAGAUCAAUGCUCCCACCUCCUUCCUGGAUGCCAGCUUUGUGUACGGGUCAGAGCUGAGUCUGGCCAGCCGCCUCCGCAACCUCAGCAGCCCCCUGGGCCUCAUGGCUGUCAACCCGGAGGUCUCGGACCAUGGGCUGCCCUACCUGCCCUUUGUCAUCAAGAAGCCAAGCCCCUGCGAAUUCAUCAACACCACGGCCCGAGUGCCCUGCUUCCUGGCGGGUGAUUCCCGAGCCUCAGAGCAGAUCCUGCUGGCCACUUCCCACACCCUCUUCCUCCGAGAGCACAACCGACUGGCCAGAGAACUAAAGAGACUCAAUCCUCACUGGGAUGGAGAGAUGCUUUACCAGGAAACCCGGAAAAUCCUGGGAGCCUUCACGCAGAUUAUCACCUUUAGGGACUACCUGCCCAUUGUGCUGGGUGAUGACGAGAUGCAGAAGAAGAUCCCUCCAUACCAAGGCUAUGAUGAAUCUGUGGAUCCCCAGAUUUCCAAUGUCUUCACCUUCGCCUUCCGCUUUGGCCACUUAGAGAUCCCCUACACUGUGUCUCGCCUGGAUGAAAACUAUCAGCCAUGGGGCCCAGAGUCAGAGCUCCCCCUGCAUACCCUCUUCUUUAACACCUGGAGGAUAGUUAAAGACGGUGGAAUUGACCCUCUGGUACGGGGCCUGCUGGCCAAGAAGUCCAAGUUGAUGCACCAGAAUAAAAUGAUGACAGGAGAGCUACGCAACAAGCUCUUCCAGCCACAGCACAACAUUCAUGGCCAUGACCUGGCUGCCAUCAACAUACAACGGGGCCGGGACCAUGGGCUGCCUGGGUACAACUCCUGGAGAGGCUUCUGUGGCCUCUUCCAGCCCAAGACAAUGGAAGAGUUGGCUGCUGUGCUGAAGAACGAGAUGCUGGCUAAGAAGUUACUGGAUCUCUAUGGGACCCCUGACAACAUCGAUGUCUGGAUAGGGGCCAUUGCUGAGCCCAUGGUAGAGGGAGGCCGGGUGGGGUCUCUCCUGAACUGUCUCGUGGGGAAGCAGUUCCAGAAGAUCCGCGAUGGAGACAGGUUCUGGUGGGAGAACCCUGGGGUCUUCACCAAGGAGCAGCGGGAUGCCCUGCAGAAAGUGUCUGUCUCACGCCUCAUCUGUGACAACACUCACAUCACGAAGGUCCCCCUGGACCCAUUCCGGGCCAACAGCUACCCCCAAGACUUUGUGGAUUGCUCAGCCAUUGAUAAGCUGGACCUCUCACCCUGGGUCUCGGCAGAGAAUUAG